CGGAUUCAAAUCGGGAUCGUUGAGCGUGCGGUGGUCGUUAGGCUCAGUCGAGUCGUUGCUGUGGACGGACGCGGACGUGUGGCCUGCCUUGCCUGCUCUCUGACUCUGGUCGUUCCCGCCCCGCGGCGCGCCGGCAGGAUGGCUCACAAGCAGAUCUACUACUCGGACAAGUACUUCGACGAGCACUACGAGUACCGGCAUGUCAUGUUACCCAGAGAACUUUCCAAACAAGUGCCCAAAACCCAUCUGAUGUCCGAAGAGGAGUGGAGGAGACUUGGUGUCCAACAGAGCCUAGGCUGGGUUCACUACAUGAUUCACGAGCCAGAACCGCAUAUUCUUCUCUUUAGACGGCCUCUUCCAAAAGAUCAACAAAAAUGAAGUCUACC